ACGACGCAACACACCGGACUGACCGGUCGUUUUUUGCCAGUCUUUCAUGUUUACGCAGAACCAUGUGUUGACAUUCUAAUAGAAAGAAACAUGCUGGAAUGGGUUUUGGCUGGACUGCUAUGUGUUGUGACCUACAUUUUCUACACCUUGUCCACCUCUUCAGGCAGUCAGUACGAAGACAACAGCAUUGAUGCAUUCAUCAGCAAAGAGAGUCCGUCAGUCAAGAGGAGGGAACCGAGAAAGAACCGGUACAGGAGAGACUACACUGUGGACGGACGACAGAUCCUGGUGUUGUACGGGACGGAAUAUGGCUUCAGUGAAGAAGUGGCCAGAAAACUGUUUGACAGAUUAUCUGCGGAAUCGACUCAGAGAGAAACACUGUGGCAGCCUCGACUACUCAAUGUCAAGCACUACUCACACAUCCGCUGGAGUGAGGAACAGCUGUGUCUGCUGCUGAUAUCCACCAGUGGGGACGGUGUUCCCCCGACUGAUGCCCAACCAUUUUAUGAGAUGAUGAUGAAUUCCUCCUGUGAGAAAAUAAGUCACCUUCAGUAUGCGGUACUGGCAAUGGGGGACUCAAACUACCCUCAGUUCUGCAAGACAGGGAUGUCUCUGGAUGAAAGAUUCUGUGAGCUGUCAGCAGUGAGGAUUUUAGAUUGUCAGACUGUAGACAUGGAAGACUGGACAGUGGUUUCUGAUUGGAUAGACAGGGUGUUGAGGUUGGUCGAUGACAUUGACUUGAAGGUCAAAACCGAUUAUCUCAGUGUCAAUUCCCUGGGGGAGAGUGAGGGACACAGCAGGACCAAUCCUUUCCUGUCAACAUUAGUGGUGAAGAAACCGUUGACAAUUGUCGAAAGUAAUGAGGACAAGGUGACCCUUCAUUGUGAAUUUGACAUCACGGGGAGUGGACUGACAUGGACAUCAGGUGAUGCUCUGGGUAUUUAUCCCCAGAAUAACCCAGGAUAUGUACAGCUGAUAUUACAGACUCUGGGUUUCAGUGGGCAGGAGAGGGUCGACCUUCCAGACCAGAAUCUGCCAGGACAUCAUGGUGGAGGUGCCAUAACCAGCGGAGACAUGCUGUUGAAAUAUCUGGAUAUAAAGCGUGUGACGUCUGAUUGUUUGAGGUUAUUCAUGGAUCACGUAAGCUGUCCUAAACAGAGAGAGAAAAUAGAGAAACUCAUUCAUUCAGAACAUACAUCAGAACUGAGAGAAUAUUUGUCACAAAGGGAGUUAAGUGAUAUUGUGGAGGAGUUUGAAAUUCGACACUUACCUGUAGAAAAAUUCCUCUCUCACCUGAAACCACUACAGCCAAGAUAUUACUCUGUAUCCUCCUCCCCACAAAUAGAUUCCAAUACAGUGUGCGUCAUGGCGGCCGUUGUCCGCUACACCUUGUUAGACCAGUGUCGAGAGGGUGUCACCACAUGCUAUAUACAUGACAGGCUCCAGCAGGGAGAUCAGUGCCCUGUGUUUAUCAGCAGGAACCCAGAUUUCAGGUUACUUAGCAACAUCCAGACUCCACUGAUUCUGAUUGGACCAGGCACUGGGAUAGCCCCAUUCAGGGCUUUUCUGCAGGAAAGAGCUUUGUUAAAGGAAGAGGACCGGGGUCAGACCUACAUCUACUUUGGAUGCAGACACAGAGACAAGGACUUUUUAUACAGAGAGGAACUUGAAAAAUGGAAUGAGGCUGCCGUGCUACAGCUCAGGACAGCUUUUUCUAGAGAUCAGAAAGAAAAGAUUUAUGUUCAAGAUUUACUUUUAGAGGAUGGCAUCUUGAUAUGGAAUCUUGUCAACAAGGAGAAUGCUGCUGUUUAUGUGUGUGGAGAUGCAAAAUAUAUGGCACAUGAUGUCCACAAAGUUUUGUUGAAAAUCAUUGCUGACCAGGGACAGAGAACUCCUGAAGAUGCUUUACUGUACCUCAAGUCCAUGGAGACAGAGGGAAGAUAUCAAAAGGAUGUGUGGGUCACAUGAUCCUUGUUGAGGAAUAUCGCCAGACGGUGCUCGGGAAUAGUGCAAUUACAGAAAGUGGGAUACAAAUUUUACACUGUAACGUAGCAGAAUAUCUGUGAUUAUGUUUAUAGCCAAACGUUUUUUCAGUCCAGAGACUUUCAUAUAUAAAAAGAAGCAUUCUGUGAUAAUUUUUAUAUAAAUUGUUUUUUUUUAUUUUGAAUUAAAUGUACAGGAUAAA